AUGAUUGAGAUCUUUAAAUCCCUUCGGAUACUGAUCCUGAUUUCUUCAUGUUCUCUGAUCUUGGGAUGCUAUCCUCCUGAGCCAACCAGAUCACCCAACUCAAGAACCGAUAAAUACCUUUCAAAACUACCCGAUUCUUGGAAACUAAGUACUCUCGCUUUUAUAGGAAGUCAUAGUUCAGCGGCGUAUGAUGAAAACUUAAACGAACACGUAAAAACACAAGACAUGUCGAUAUCCACGCAGUUAGAAUCUGGAAUUCGUGUGUUAGACAUAACAGUACAUCUAACUAACAACACAUUUGUGAUGCAUCACUAUUAUUUCCACUUGAGCAUCACAUUUGAUGAACUGUUGAUCGAAGUACAAAAUUUUUUGGAAAAUCAUCCUCAAGAGCUAGUGAUAAUAUUUAUGCAAGAAGAAUUUGACGCGAAAAAAAACCAUAAAUCUAAUUGCUAUGUCUUGAAGAAGUACAUCACAAAAUUUCGUGAUCUGUUUGUUGACCAUUGGUCUAUUGAUGACACUCUUGGACAGCAUCGUGGAAAAAUCCUGUUAGCAAGAGGAAAUGUCGGAUUUCAAGGUUGUACCCAAAGUCUGCCUUGCAAAAUCCAAAAUGACCAUCGGAAGUCUAAUUGGAAGCUUAAAGAGCACAAAUGGCAAGCCAUAAAGUCACUUCAAGAUGAAAUCUUCCAAAGGGAUCGAAAAUUCCAGUGUUACAUCAAUUUUUUGUCGAUUAGUUCCGGUGUUUCCAAAACUCCACGAGAAAUUGCUCGUUCCAUGAGAGGCCAGAGUCGUCGGGGUUCGGGGGUAGAUUUGACAUUCACCGAUGGAAUGGUUGAAUUGAUGACUGGAUACUUCGUAAAUUCAAAAAAUGUCUUGUAUAUUAUUUUUGCCGACUUUCCGUACUAUCGUUUGUGUGAUACAAUUACGGAAAUGAAUUAA